AUGGCAUCAUCAUCCGUGCAAAACACCACCCAACAACCGCUUCUGCAACCGCAGCUCUCGAACGCAAAGCCAGAAACUACCUCGGACCUCGAGGACACAUUGUCGGACGAUAACCUUUCCCCGUUCCAUCGUAUAACAAAAGCGACAUGGAUAGAGUCCAAGCUCCUCUUCCACUUAGCCGCACCCGCCGUCAUUGUGUACAUGAUCAAUUACAUCAUGUCCAUGUCCACCCAAAUCUUCUCCGGCCACCUCGGCAACCUUGAACUCGCCGCCGCCUCACUCGGAAACACCGGCAUCCAAGUCUUUUCCUACGGUCUAAUGCUGGGAAUGGGGAGUGCGGUUGAAACCCUUUGCGGCCAAGCCUUCGGCGCACACAAAUACGACAUGCUCGGCAUAUACCUUCAAAGAUCGGCCGCACUCCUAGCCAUGACCGGGAUUCUCCUCACGUUCAUCUACGUCUUCUCUAAACCGAUCUUGAUAUUCCUCGGCGAAUCCCCGGAUAUCGCCUCGGCGGCCGCGGUUUUCGUCUACGGUUUAAUCCCACAAAUCGUCGCCUACGCCGUGAAUUUUCCGAUACAGAAGUUCCUUCAGGCUCAAAGCAUAGUGGCGCCGAGUGCUUACAUAUCGACGGCCACAUUGGUUAUCCAUUUCCUGCUGACUUGGAUGGCGGUGUACAAGAUCGGGCUCGGUUUAUUGGGUGCUUCUCUGGUUUUGAGCUUGUCGUGGUGGAUCGUGGUGGUGGCUCAGUUUGUGUACAUUGUCAAAAGUGAAACUUGCAGGUUUACGUGGAAUGGUUUCAGUGCACAAGCUUUUACAGGGUUGCCGGAGUUCUUCAAGCUGUCGGUGGCGUCGGCGGUGAUGUUGUGCCUGGAAACUUGGUAUUUUCAGAUUCUUGUUUUGCUUGCCGGGUUGCUUGAGAACCCGGAGUUGGCUUUGGAUUCACUCUCCAUAUGCAUGGCUAUAUUUGGAUGGGUCUUUAUGGUUUCAGUUGGUUUCAAUGCUGCAGCAAGUGUAAGAGUCGCGAACGAGUUAGGGGCGGACCACCCAAAAUCGGUGGCGUUUUCAGUGGUAGUAGUGACGACGUUAUCUUUCAUAAUAUCGGUGGUGGCGGCCACACUGCUGAUGUUUCUCCGUCACAUCAUUAGUUACGCUUUCACGGAUGGCGAAGAGGUGGCGGAGGCUGUUUCCGAUCUCUGCCCGCUUCUCGCAGUCACCCUUAUCCUCAACAGAAUUCAACCUACUUUAUCAGGUGUGGCUGUUGGGUGUGGAUGGCAAGCUUUUGUUGCUUAUGUCAAUGUCGGCUGUUAUUACUUUGUCGGAAUUCCAUUGGGUUCCCUUCUCGGCUUUUACUUCAAGCUUGGCGCCAAGGGUAUAUGGUCAGGUAUGAUUGGUGGCACAGCCAUGCAAACCCUAAUCUUGAUUUGGGUCACAUAUAGAACAGAUUGGAAAAAGGAGGUCGAAGAAGCUCGAAAAAGACUGGAAAAAUGGGAAGAUAAGAAAGGGCCUGUUUUGCAAUAGAAUGUUUGACCCAACUCAGAGAUUCAAAUAGUUUAGCUCCAU